AUUAAAAGUUAAGACCAUAAUAAAUGUAUAAAUCAUGUUAAACUUGUUUUCUCCCUUUUUAUACUUAGGACUACACAAACAUUCGCAUAUACUGGUGGAAAGACUUACCCGAAACCGCGGGAGAAAAGAGGAAAGAGAGAAGAAGCAAACAGGGGAGGAAACAAAGUUGUUUGACAAGUAUCAGGAACACUGACUGGAGGAGAAGGCACCGACUCCAAUAUCUACGUACGGCGUCCCCUGCUACCCGACUUCGGGGAUGAGAAGGGAUCGCUCAUCUGUUCAUUCCUGACAGAGCUAAAAUGAUUGUAGACGAGCGGAUUCUCAGUCUCUUUAAAAGGAACUGGCAGCAUACCCUAACAUACUGGAGCGUUUUCUUCAGUUUCGGACUCUGCAUCGCCUUCCUAGGUCCCACGAUACUGGACCUUCGGUGUCAAACGCAGUCCACGCUGCAGGAGAUCACCUGGGUGUUCUUCUCCCAGCAGUUCUGCCUGCUUGUCGGUAGCUCUAUCGGUGGGGUCUUCAAGAAAACGCUUUUUUGUGCAUUGUCUGCCCUCCUCCUGUCCUCGCUGUCAAUCUCCCUGGUUUUUGCCAUCAUUCCCCUUUGUCACAAUGUGCUGCUGCUUGCAGUCGCUAUGGCCAUCGCUGGUCUGGCCAUGGGGGUCAUUGACACCAUCGCCAACAUCCAGCUGGUCAAGAUUUACCAGAAAGAUUCUGCCAUCUUCUUGCAGGCUCUUCACUUUUUCAUUGGCUUUGGUGCUCUGGUGAGCCCACUCAUUGCUGACCCCUUCCUGUCUGAAACAAACUGUGUGGUGAGCAAUGACACAGGGAACGCUACUGCUAUGAUGGAGCACCUGAGGAACACGCUCGCAGGAGGCCCCAUGCCUAACGUAUCCCAGUACCAGCUGCCUGUGGAGGGCAAGGUGAUCACGCAGGUCUCCUUUGCCUUCUGGAUCAUGGCCCUCAUAAAUCUACCCGUGCCAAUAGCAGUAUUCAUGUUAAUGUUCCGGGAGAAGCUGAUUCCCUGCUGUGCCAGCGGUAUGCCACCAUUACUGGAUCGGGAUGAGCUUGCAAUAGAAACUUGUCAUGAGUCGAAUGCAAAGGACCCAGACGCUGGCGGACAUAGUGAUCCAUUCUGCUGCUGUCAGAAUAAUAGUCUGCGAGGCCUGCCCUCAUCCUUCUUCGGAAUCCACAUCCUGGGUGGGAUGGUCCUUUUUAUGACGGACGGCAUCGUGGGUGCUUAUGCAGGGUUUGUUUAUACCUAUGCAGUGGCACCCCCAAUGUCACUGGCACACAGGACAGCUGGCUAUUUGGCCAGUGUCUUCUGGGCCGCCAUCACUGUGGGCCGGCUUGUAUGCAUCCCGCUCUCCUACCGUUUCCAGCCUGUUCGACUUCUCCUAAUUAACCUGGCUGGUGUGAUCAUCACUGUGUUGCUGCUCCUCAUUUUCUACACCAACAGUGUCUUCUUGUUUGUGGGAACAUGCCUGCUAGGUCUGUUCCUCAGCAGCAUCUUCCCCUGCAUGGUGGCCUUCACAGAGGACAUCCUUGACUAUCAAGGUUGUGCAACAACAGUCCUGGUAACCAGUGCUGGUUUAGGGGAGAUGGUACUUCAGGUGCUUGUGGGUUCGAUCAUUCACAGUGAAGGCAGUUACAGUUUCCUGCUCUGUGGCAUGAUCAUUGGCUGCAUUGGCUUCUUGCUGUUCUUUGGUCUACUCUUCUUUCAUCGCAUGCACAAGAAAUACCUGGCAGGAAACUCCAAAAAGUCGCCCAUGACUGAGGAACCAGGGCUGGAUUGUGUGCAGCAGUGAUAUUCAAAGAUGUGGACAAUGGUGCAAAAGGAAGACUAAGAUUAAUGGACUGUGUCCAGGUAUUUAUGGGAUGCUUACUGGGACAAGUUAGAAGAAUGAAAUCAAGCAGUAUGAUAUUCGGCUUCACUAUCACUGCCCUGGUCCUGUUUCGAAUGUACAGUGGGCUUAUAUAUGUAACCAACAUUUUUUUUGUUAAAUGCUCUUUACUUCUCUCUAGUCAUCAGAUAAUUUAUUUCUUAAAAAUUAUAAAUCUUAAAAUUUAACGUUCUCCAAAGAUCAAAAAAUUUAUACUGAAAACGGAUUCCAUUUAUAUGCAAUAAAAAUAUGCUCUUCACAACAUGCUCUUCUUCAAGACCAUGUUCCUCCUUGAAUGAUGAAUUGUAGAUUUUUUUUUUUUGUUUUGUUUGUUUUCCAACAUGUUCUCAAUGAAUGAAAAAAUAUUCCAGUGUUAAACAAAAUCACACAACUUGAUCAGUCUUUCAGUGUCAUGUACUUUUUGUUGUCUUGUAUGUCUGAAUACCUAGAGUUUUAUCAUUCUCUCUAGUCACAUACACUUCACUAAUGAAAUCAUUAACUUUUGGUCACAUUGACUAGCCUUGCACUUCAGGAUUUUGUCUGGUUCUGCAUUUUACUUUUCGCAUAAUUACCUUCUGCUGGUUCAUGUUCAGAGAGGACAAAGCAUAUCUUAUGUUUCCCUUUCCAUGAAAUGGGGGAAAUUUUAAACUGUGAACUACCAGUUUAGAAUUUAUAAUUAUAUACAUUUUCUACCAAUCAUCUGUGAAUGAUGAGAAUAAAGAUGAUUCUUCACCACCUUGA